CCGCUAACAUGUCGGAAAGAUCGAAAGGUGACGUGUCCGCUCGCGUAAACAACAAUCCAAACCCAAACGCGACGCGUGUCGUGAAAAAUCCGCUGCUGAGCGCCUCGGUUACCGGUUUGAGUUUCGACGACUUUCCCAACAAGCCGCAGCUCCUGCCCGCCGCACCGCCCGUGGUCCAUGCCCCGCCCCCAGCUCCGGCUCCCGUUUUGAUUGCUGGCAUCCUGAACCGCGAACCCAAGACACUAGUGACCGUGGGCCAGCCCUCGACCAUAGACGACAGCGAGGCUCUCGACGAGAUCAACUUGAACACCAGCAGCGAGGAUUCGUCGGUAUUGGGAGGAUCAAGUCCCUACCGCGAACCAGGUCACGAUCCGAACGCUAAUCCCUUGCUGGAACCACCGCCAGGAGUGGGCAACGACUCGCUGCUGAGCCAGGCGGCCUCCUCCUUCACCGCCCUGCCCUCGGUGGCCUCCAAUGUGUUCUCGAGCUUCUCGAAACGGAUCUACGCCGGCGGCAGCCGAGAACAGUCGGAGGAGCCCAGGUUGGACAUCCAGCCAGCCUACAUUCAGCAAGCAAGCUACGCACCACCACCCGAGCCCGUAGCCGCCGUACCGUUUCCCUUCUACGCCGGUCCCCCACCAACAGCGGACGAGGUGGUUGCUCCCCCCGAGCCGCCCAAGUUCUACGCACCCACUGAGAUUCCCAGCUCCAAUCCAGGAGCAGUGGCACCUCCGCCCUCUGCGGGCAAUCCCAAUUCCUAUCGGUUCACGGCCCGAAAGAAGCUAUACGCUCCCAUUCCUGGAUUCUCCGAGCAGCAGGCGGCACAAGCUCAGCAGAUUCCCCAGCCUCUGCCUUUCCAGACACCACCAUAUCCCACGCCGCCAGCGCAGGUUGCCGCUCCCAGUCCGGCUGCCUUUGACAUAUCAGCUCAGCCCGCUCCCAAUCCCGUAGAGGAGCGCAAGUCCGGCGGCGGCCUCUUCUCCCUGACCAGCCUUGUGCCGCAGGGCGUGCUUCAGAACAUCUCCGGACUGGUUCAGUCCGUCACUGGAACCCAGGACAAUCAGCCGGUGCAUAGUCAGCCUAACACUUCGGGCGGUUACUUUGACAUUUCCACCGGAGGACAACCAGCUCCGCCGACCAACUUCUUUGGAGGACCUACGCCAGCCCCUCCGCCGGCGAGCAACUACUUCACCCCUGGAGGAGCUUCCGAAUCAGUGGCAGCUCCGCCUGUGGGAGGAUUCUUCGCGCCACCCGUUAGUGUUCCAGCCCCAAUCGAGAGCAACCCUUUUCCUCCUGGAGCACCACCAUCAGGGCCAUAGGAGUAUUUACGCCAGGAGCAGGGUCCGCAACCCGUAGGACAAGUUUUUAAUCCUGAAUCCUCCAUUCCCGGACCAUCUACAACUCCUAUCCCAGGAGCUCCACCCACUAGUGCAGCAGGCUUCUUCAAUCCGGGAUUAACUCCGCCAGCGGUUGCUACUCCACCUUUGGCCGCUCCCUCUGCAGGACCUCCUCCAAGCCUUCCCCCAGCAGCAGUGCCCGGAAAUUUCUUCACCCCCGGAGUUGUCCCAGCUGUUGCUCCAACUGCAACACCAGCGCCAGCAGCAGGAGGAUUUUUGCCUCCUAACCCAAGUCCCUUGACGAGUGGACCUCCAGUAGCAGCUGCUGCCCCACCGCCAGCUGCUGGUCAGGCUUCCUAUCGCCUCCAAAAGGGCACCCGUCUCUACAAGAGUCCGCUGACGCCCCAGGAAACUGCAGCUCCUUCGGGCUAUUCCGCGCCAUUGGCACCCACCGCUGCGCCGGCUGCUAUUUUCAAUCCCUUUGGAGUUCCGGCACCAGGAGCUAUCAAUCCGGUAGCUGACAACAGCCAGGGAGUUGCUCUCUUUCCACCAUCAGCUGCGGUUGUUGCUCCUCCUCCAAGUGUAGCCAACGCUCCGCCAUCAGUGGGACUUGCAAGUGUUCCCCUCUUUGCUGCUCCACCAACAGGAUCAUCGGCGAUUCCCUUUUUCAAUCAUCAGCCAACUGGAGAAAUUAAACAGGAAACCCCACCAGCUCAGGUGAUAGAAGAAGCUCCUCAGCCUCCGGUUCAAGAACCAAGUGCCGCUCCACCUGUGGGACUUACAAGUGUUCCCCUCUUUGCUGCUCCACCAACAGGAUCAUCGGCGAUUCCAUUCUUUAACCCUCAGCCGCCAUCAGAAGUACGAGAGGAAGUUCCACCACCUCAGGUGACAGAAGAAGCUCCUCAGCCUCCUGUCCAGGAACUUUUUGCUAAUCCGGAGAUAGUCCAAGGGGUAACCAGUGCUGUUAUUGCUCCACCCCCAAGCGUAGCUUAUCCUCCACCAGCAGCUGGACUUGCAAGCGUUCCACUCUUUGCUGCUCCACCUACAGGAGCAUCGGCGAUUCCCUUCUUCAAUCCCCAGCCAACGGCAGAAAUUCCACCUGCUCAAGAGGCAGAAGGACCAUCUGUUCAGGACCAACCAUCGACCCAAGGAAUUCCCUUCUUUGCGCCACCACCGGCGGCUACAUCAGGAGUUGCUCUUUUCACUCCGCAACCCACCCAACAACCGGAAGCGGAAAAGGACCAGUGCUCAGCUCUCUUUGCACCUCCACCGAGUCAGCCCAAGGUAGAACCUCCGCAGGAAGCUACACAUAGUGUCCCAUUGUUUGCUGCUGCCCUUCCGGCGGACAACCCCCUCUUUGCUCCCCUAUUCGUUCCAGGGGUAAUCGAACCCGUAAUCGAGGAUACUCCUCCAGCUUCCAACACCGAACCAAGUGCUUCGCUCUUUGCUCCCGUGAGUGAGCCAGACCAAGGAGCUGCCCAAGCACCAGCUGAGGCUUCCUCCAAUCAGGAUCCUCCUCUGUUUGUGCCCGUGCCAGCGCCAGCGGAUCAAAGCCCAGGAGUGCCCUUGUACCCGCCAGUUGCAAGUGAAGUCGCGCCGCCUCCACCAGCAUCUUUAACCACAGCACCUUUCGCUCCGGAUCUUAUAAGCAAAUGUGCCCCGGAUCUUGUGGCUUCGAGUCUCGUUCCUCCAACAACCGCAAACGUCCUGUUCUCUCCUCCGAAUCCUGUAGCUUCAAGUGCUUCGCUAUUUGCUCCGACAAUUCCAACUGAACCCCAGCCGGAAAUCGAACCAACUCCAGUGGUUGAGCCACCCACUGCUCCUCCAGCCAUUGGUUUCUUUGGAGCUUCAGAAGCGACUACUGUGAGUCUGUUCACAGGCGGCUCCGGAACCCAAACGGUCUUCAGUCCACUAGCACAAACCAUAACCACUCCCCAGAUUCAGGAGGCCGGGCAGGACUUGGUGCCACCACCAAUAGGAUUCGUGUCACCAGGGUCAGAAGGAGAGGUUGUAGCUCAGCCACCACCUGCUCCCUCGCCCCUGCAAAGCUUCUUCGGCGCUCCUGCCGCUGGAGCCAGUGCCACCGAGGAGUUCAACUUCUUUGCCAAUCCGCCUGAAGGCGUCUUUCCGGACUUGCCAGUCCAGCAAGGGAUUGCUCCGCCACCGCUGGCCCAAGAGCCACCGCCGGCAGAGACGAGCGCCACUCCGGUCGCCUCCUUGGGUUUCGAUAGUCUGCUAACCCAAUCCCAGCAAGCGCCACACCAAACACCAAAAUCGAUCGAAAAUUCGUAUCCAAAUUCAAGUGCUAACAGUUUUGAGUUCUUUGGAGGCACUGGUGCCCCUCCUCUGACCUCAGCAGUUGACUCAACCCCAGCUGCAGUCCCUGCCGUGCCCCCUGCCGAUCCGGGCAACUUCUUUGACCAGGUGCCACCGGAGCAGGAGCAGCCGGGCAACGAGGAUCAGCGGAUCCAGAACUUCUUCAAUAACCCACCGCUUCAGGAUCAGCCCGCAGCCCCCGGUGAGCUCAAGUACGAUAUUGUGCACAGCGGAUUGGCAGUGAAGGAACUGCAGACACGGUCACAGACUCCUGUUUCCAAUCUUGUCGAGCCGCCCUCGUCAGCUUGCUCCGAGUUCUCGACACUCGCGCCCACUCGCCAAACAGGCGAGGAUCUGAUCCAGCAGCAUCUCGGAGAGCUGCCCGAGGAGAUCCUGAAGCAGCUUAGGAUGGCCACCGCCAGUGGAAGCAGCGACAAGGGCCAGGUGUCCGCACCGCCUCCAGUGGCAAUAGCUUAUACCCCGGCCCUGGUGCAUUGGUUCUACAAGCGUAGCGUGGACAGCAAGUUCAUCUGGACGCCAUUCAGUCACUAUGAUUCCGCUCUGCUGGAAACGAGCUCGAACAGUGCCGACUCCACCCUGAUUGUGCCAGUGGAGGGAGGACGCUAUGACGUCAACAUCAAGGAGCGGACCAAGACUCCGGUUUACUGGGAGGGCAAGGCCAUCGAAGUGCGCCGCUGUUCCUGGUUCUACAAGGGCGUUGACUCCAAGUACGUGCCGUACACCGAGGAUACGGCUGCCCUCUUGGAAUCGGAAUACCAGCGUUCGGCGGAAACCGGGGAGUGGCAUCAAAAGAUAAUGCUGGCCAAUGGCGAGCAGGUGGUCUUCCACGGACCCACCGUCAUUGUCCACUUUCUGCCCCAACAGAAUGGCGACACCUGGGGCGCCAGCACCCAGGGCUCCAUGCGCCCUAGGGUUGUGAAGCGGGAUCUGGACGACUUUACCAUCGAGCAGGGCGAGUCGCAGCGCGUCGAUCACCUGCUCUUCAUGGUCCAUGGUAUUGGGUCGGCUUGCGACCUGAAGAUGCGACCAGUGGAGGAAGUGGUCGAUGAUUUCCGGAUUAUUGCCCAGCAACUGGUUCAAUCGCACUACAAGAACUCCACGGACAUGGGUCUCGUGGGUCGCGUAGAAGUCCUGCCCAUCUCCUGGCACAGCCACCUGCACUCCGAAGAACUGGGCAUCGACGAGAAGCUCAAGUCCAUUACCUUGGAAUCCAUACCGCGGCUGAGAAACUUCACCAACGACACCCUGCUCGACGUGCUCUUCUACACCAGUCCCAAGUACUGCCAGAAGAUCAUGAACACGGUGGCAGGCCUGAACGAGGUGUACUUGAAGUACAGGAUGCGGCAUCCCGAAUUCAAUGGAGGUGUAUCCCUGUCCGGGCACAGUCUGGGCUCCCUGAUCCUGUUCGAUUUGCUGUGCCACCAGGAGCCGCUCAAAGAGAGCGAGGAGGAGAAUAAGGAGAAUCCGGAUCAGCUGCCCCUGAAGGCCCAGAAGGUACAACUGCCGAACAACGACUUGCUGCCCAAGGAGGUCAGCUAUACGAUGGGUCCGGCCGGUACUGGCCAGCCGGUCAUCAACUACACCCAGCUGAUCUUCCAUCCCAAGAAGUUCUUUGCUCUGGGCUCUCCUAUUGGCAUGUUCGUGACCAUCCGAGGAAUCGACAAGCUGGGACUGGACUUUAGCCUGCCCACGUGUCCCGGCUUCUACAACAUAUUCCAUCCCUUCGAUCCGGUGGCCUAUAGAAUCGAAGCUCUGGUCAACCCGGACAUGAACGGGAUAAGGCCAGUGCUGAUCCCGCACCACAAGGGCCGCAAGAGGAUGCACCUGGAAUUGAAGGAGACCAUGACACGGGUGGGGGCGGAUAUCAAGCAGCGCUUCAUGGACACAUUCAAGACCACGCUGGACAGCGUGAACUUCCUGACAGCCGUAACGAAAGUGAAGAAAGAAGCCGAAGAGUCGUUGGAGAAGGAGAAAGACAAGGGCUCCUCGCACUCUCUUCAGAAGCAAGCGGAAGACCAGGAUGACAACUCAGUGGCUAGCUCGAGUUUCAAGCUCCGAACCCGCUCCGAUUCCAACUCGACCACCGCCUCCGAUCCCGAGUUCGUGGAACUGGACUUCCCGCUGGGCAAGCUCAACGACUCGAAGCGGGUGGACUACGUGCUGCAGGAAGCGCCUCUCGAGUUCAUCAACGAAUACAUCUUUGCUCUCAGCAGUCAUGUGUGCUACUGGGGCUCCGAGGACACGAUACUGUUCGUGAUGAAGGAGAUCUACGCCAGUCUGGGCAUCAGCACCGACAGCCAGGUGCCGCAGUCAUCGAUGACAAUCGAGCGACCCGUCUCGCACGAGAGCGGCAUUAACCAGGCGCUGCUGCCGAUGUGAGUCCACUAACCACCAGUCGCUACCAACAGCUCACACCGAACCGACAGCCCACACGCCACCACACCAACUACAAAUAUUUAGAAAAAAUUUAUUUAGAUACGUUAUUUGUUAGCCAAAUCAUGCAAAGAUUUAUCCAUUUGUGCAACUCUAACUUGGUUAAUGGUAUUAUCAAAGUAAGAAGUCUUGUGUCGUCCGAGUGACUAAUCCGCUGGCAGAACUUCAUAUGUGCUGCUGGGCACCGGCACUGGCACAGUGCAGUGCAAUUUUGUUAUUUUUGUAAUAUUGAGUGUAUUUUGAAUUUGUAAAAUUUAUGCUAAAAGAAAAGUGUAUGUAUGUCUAACUAAAACCCGAUAAUAAACCACAUAACAAAGAGA